ACGGGCUGCUGGUGGCGAAGAUGGCGGAUGGGGACAGUGGCAGUGAGCGCGGUGGUGGUGGCGGCAGCGGCGGCGGAGGGGGAGGAGGCGGCGGGUUUCAGCAUUACCAGCGGGAACCGGAGACCCAGGAGCUGGCCUCAAAGCGGUUGGACAUUCAGAACAAACGCUUCUACCUUGAUGUGAAGCAGAACGCCAAAGGCCGGUUCAUCAAAAUCGCUGAGGUCGGUGCCGGGGGCUCAAAAAGUCGACUGACCCUCUCUAUGUCAGUUGCGGCAGAGUUCCGCGACUACCUGGGGGAUUUCAUAGAGCACUACGCCCAGCUUGGGCCUAGCACCCCGGAGCAGAUCGCUCAGUCAUCCGGUGGGGAUGACACCGGGCCUAGACGGGCCUUGAAGAGCGAGUUCCUGGUGCGAGAGAACCGAAAAUACUACCUCGACCUUAAGGAGAACCAGCGGGGUCGGUUUCUCCGGAUCCGACAGACCGUAAACCGAGGCCCCGGUUUCGGAGUCGGAGUUGGUGGCAUGCCCGGGGCUGGCCUGCAGGCCGGACAAACCAUCGCACUCCCUGCCCAGGGCUUAAUAGAGUUCCGCGACGCCUUGGCCAAGUUGAUAGACGACUACGGGGGAGAUGAAGAGGAGCUGGCCGGCGGCGGAGGGGCCGGGGGCUAUAGCGAGCUCCCGGAGGGCACCUCGAUCAUGGUGGACUCCAAGCGGUUCUUCUUUGACGUGGGAUCCAACAAGUACGGAGUUUUCUUGCGGGUGAGCGAAGUGAAGCCCAGUUAUAGAAACUCUAUAACAAUCCCCUUCAAGGCGUGGAGCAAGUUCGGGGGAGCGUUCAGCCGCUACGCCGAGGAAAUGAAAGAGAUCCAGGAGCGGCACCGGGAUAAGAUGUACGAGAGGAGAGCCGGAGAGGAGUCGGAGGGCGACGACGUGGACGACGAUUGAUGGAGAGAGGUCUUUACUUGUGAUGAAGCUGACAACAUGAUGCAAAGUCUGGAGAUAAACAGAGAGAGAGAGAGAGAGAGGGAGGGAGAGGAUCGACUAUUCUGUGCAUGACGAAUCGAACUUUAAAAUGCUAAAACAACGGAGUAAAAUAAAAAGUAUAUUUGACUGAGAAAAUUACUGUCUAUAUAAGAGAAUCAUGUCCUAAAGUUUAGGUGGAUGUUAUAGCUAAAUGAGUGCGGACUGCAGUAGUCAGCUCCUGUAUGAGAUUCCCCAUUGAUGAAAAUAUAUAAAUAUAUAUCUAUAUAUCUAUCUAUAUAUAUAUAUAUAUAAAUAUAUAUUGAUUGUCCAUUUGAUAACCUCACACAUGUAGCCCAGCAAAUUAAGUUUGACAGUGCUCAAGACACAGCAGUAGGUUAACCACCCUCACUUCCUGGUUGAUGCCCAAUGGUAAGAGCUCACCCGGGGCUGACCUGUAGUCUGUGUGAUGAUAAUAAGGAAGUGUGAAGCAUGUGACAUACUCAAACCAGCAGGUGUGGGAGUGAGACGGAGCACCUGCAUCACUCGCCAUGGCUGUGUAUGUGUUUUUAAUCUGACGUGACCUGUAACGAACGGCUUGCCCAGACAGACCCACAACACCCAGAGCCACAGUCUCAGCUAUAGGGGGCACCCUUGGCAUCGCAGCACAUCCUCUCAGGCCCAGCGAGGUCCCUUAAAGUGAUCUGUUACAAGCACAUGACUCAUUUGGAUUCCCUGGACAAUCCAAAUGAGUCCAAAUGACCUCUUCCCUCCUCCGUCAUCCCCUCCUUCUCUCCCUCCUGGGCAUCCCUCAAGAGCUGACCUCCUGCUCCAAUAGCUGAAGUGUGGCGAGGCCUGCUCACGCGUGGCUUGUUGUGUCUCAGGGCUGGCAGGUCCCAUUCGUAUUUGGGGGUAUAUCAGCAUUACCUGUGCCUGCUCAUCAUCCUCAAGAGGUUCUGGGUGCAGAUCUGGUCAGCCACUUGCUGCAGUGGAGACGUCUGUGGCAACUGAUGAUGUCUCAUAUUAUGCAGGGCCACAUUUGACCCCUGUGACCUUUUGGUCAAAGGGUAUGCCGCGAGCUCAGGCCUCUAGCACUGGUCGCUAUUUUUCAAGUUAAAGCUUAAUAUUGUCGGGCUUAAGCUACGGUCUCAAGGGAACUGACCUUGUUGACUUAUUUACGGUGCACCAUUUGGAUCCUUUAAUCUUGAACUCAGACCAUUAAUGACUGAGGUAACAUUCAGUCUGAUUGUAAGAAAAAUUAGGUGCUUUUGGAAAAUAAAAACCCACAGUGGGGUGCUGUACCUAAAGAAAAAAAAAAAAAGAAAAAAUAUAUACUGGAAGAGAUUUACUUA